CGGCGGCCCCAAGCCCGCGCCAUGGGACGGGCUCGAUCUCGUGGACCGUAUGGUACCCGAUCAGCCGACGACUGGUAAGGGGUGGGCUAUAAGAGCAUGGUGGUGGUGUAGUCUCCGAGUGCGGCUUUCCCUCCCUCGCACUGCGCGUUCUCGUCACCAUGCGCGCCUUGCAAUGCAUUGGAGUCAGCGUCCUUUUUUACGCAUCGUGUGCACGAGCGGCUGCCAGCAGCUCUUCUAAUGCCUCAUUCUCGGCGACAUCGGUCCUGACCCCAACCGCGACGACGUCUGUGAGCGACGCCCCGCCAGCGGCGACAACGACUUCGAACGCUUCUCUGCCUCUUGUCGGGUCCAUUAGUCCAGAUUUCUCUGACAUAGGGCUUGAACUACUGUGGGGUCUGGUGCUCGGUGCUCCCAAGGAGCCUCCCUUCACGACUACAGCGACGCCGACAACCACCGCUCUCCCUUCGCCACCGCCUCCGCUCUAUCCGGCCUUCUACGCACCGGCGCCAAAGGACAUUCUGCCCGAUCUCAAGUUCCCCAGUGGCUUCAAGUUCGGCGUCGCGAGCGCGUCGUACCAGGUCGAGGGCGCGACGAAGAAGGAAGGCAAGGGGCCUACGAUGUGGGAUUUCAUCUCACACGUACCGUCUGUGAUCGCCGACGGGACGAAUGGUGAUAUCGUCGACUUGCACUACUACCUGUACAAAGAGGACGUCGCGCGAGUUGCCGCCCUCGGACUCAAUAUGAACUCCUUCUCGCUUUCUUGGGCGAGAAUCUUCCCAUUCGGAGCGGCGGACUCGAAGGUUAACCAAGAAGGCCUGGAUCACUAUUCCGAUGUCAUCGACACGCAUCUGGAAUACGGUGUCGAACCGGUCAUUACAUUGUUUCACUGGGACCUACCACUGGCUUUGCAACUCUACUAUGGAGGGUUUGCUUCGCCCAAGAUUGUGGAUGACUUCGUGAAUUACGCCAAGACCGUCUUCCAAGCCUACGGUGACCGCGUCAAGACCUGGGUCACCUUCAAUGAGCCUCUGGAGUACUGCAAUCAGAUUGCCGCUUUCAGCAUAUUCACUCCCGGCGUUAACAUCUCAACCGCGCCUUACCAUUGCGCCUACAACUUGCUCAAAGCGCAUGCUGGCGCCGUCAAAGCCUUCCGGGGGAUGAACAUCACGGGCGAGAUCGGCUUGAAAAACGACGAUUUCAUCGGCACCCCCUGGCGCGCCAACAACACCGAAGACAUUGAGGCUGUCGAGCGCCAUGCGGCCUUCCAGAUCGGCCUGUAUUCCGACCCGAUCUACACCACGGGCGACUGGCCGCAGACUGUGAAGGAUACGCUGUCAGAGGAGUACCUCCCGCGGUUCACGGAGGAGGAGAAGGCGGAUUUGCUUGGCUCUGCCGACUUCUACGCCAUCGACUCAUACCGCUCGAGCUAUGUUCGCGCCCCGGAGGGAGGGCUCGAUGCAUGCGUGAACAACCCCUCCGAUCCCAACUGGCCGCAGUGUAACGAGGCGGUCUUGUACGAUGGUGACGAGGGCUGGUUGGAGGGACCUGCCGCGGACCCGCGCACGGACUGGCUGGCAUCGACGCCGCAGGGCGUGCGCGGGCUUCUCAAUGAGUUGCAGAAGAGGUGGCCGAGUCCGAAGAUUUAUGUCUCCGAGUUCGGUUUUGCGGAGCCGCUUGAGGAUGAGCGCAAGACGUUGGCAGAGAUCAAGGAGGAUGUUGGGCGGACGAACUACUACAUGACCUACCUCGGCGAGAUCCUGCAGGCGAUCCACGAGGACGGACUGCCCAUCGGAGGCAUCUUCGCCUGGGCGAUGAUUGACAACGCCGAAUGGGCGAGCGGCCUCGCCGUCAAGUUUGGCAUCCAGCACGUGAACUACACGACGCUCGAGCGGACCUACAAGCGUUCUGCGUUCGCAUUGUCCGAGUUCUGGGACGCGCACAAGGCCUGAGGUGGAUGAAAGCUGCGCACCAAAAGACACUUCCAUUCCUUUCGACUUUCAAGCUCUCCAUAAUCCCCCGUUAUACCCAUGUUGUACAGCAUAAAAUACAUGACCUGCUUCGAGUUCAUUGGCCUCCACCUUCUAUGAUUCCCGAUUUAGAAGGCUUGCGCUACAUAGGCGACAGGAUAGUUGCCCAUUGCGUUUUCCUUCUGAGCGAAGGGGUACACAACACGCUGCCCUCCACCCGACCCGCCUUUGUUGUGCGACGACGAAGGUGCU